AUGACUGAUGCAGCCUAUAUUAUCUUAAUUAUGGAUACUAUUAUCUUAAUAAUUAGUGUUAUAUUAGGAAUAAUGUAUCUUCUUCCCAUUUUCUUCGUACGAGGUUUUCAUAAUACAUCUAAUAUUUUAACAGGUAAUGUUUGUUUGGCUCUUUCAAUCAAUACUGGCUUCUAUGUUGUUUAUAAUAUUAUAACUGGUUUUUAUUCAUCUAUUUUGAAACAAUAUACUAUUGCAUGUUUUUUAUAUACAUAUUUACCGGCAUCGGCUAAUUUUCUUACAGUUUAUGCCUUAGCUAUAAUUAGUAUCAAUCGAUGUCUUGUGAUUAUUUAUCAAAAUAAAGGCUUAUUCAAAGAAAAACCAUGGUCAUUUAUUUUUGUCGGUAUACAUUGGAUAUUAGUUUUCAUCUUACCUCUACCUCGUCUCAUUGCUGCUUUUCAGAUACUACAAGCGACUAUUCUUGAAUUGAAAUUUGAAAAAUAA